UUUCAUUUCAGAUUAAUCAGGAUGACGCAUGAGAAACCCGCAGCAUAUAAAUGACAGACACCGGGAGGAGGUGAUCUCUGCCGUCCUGAGGGGCCCCCGAGCGCGCGGCAUUGAACUGAUUAAUAUGUAAACAUAGCCAUUAAUCCACGCAUGUGCUCUUAAUUGCGCGAUACUUCUCAAGGAGUCCUGUUGCAGUGGCAACACAAAGAAUGGGGCGUGAGUUGUCCCUCGAAACGGAGCCCAGAGACUUUUGCUUUGCUUUUUUUUUUUUCCGCUUUGCACAGAGCGAUCAGAGCACUCGGUUCACAGUGUGCGAGAGGCAGAGAGCGCAUAGCAGCGGGAUGGAUAGCACAGGAUUUACAACUACAGUUGUCUGAAUACGCUCCCAAAAUCAACUGAGACGCACGGGAGGGAGGGGAGUCUCAGCCGGAGAGAGUCUGAGUGCGUCUGUGUCAGAGGGCGUUUGAGAGAGUAAGGGGGCAUCACAGAGAGAGAGGAGACGCGAGAAGGGGAAGAGAGAAGGAAGUAAGUCUGGACCAGGUGAUCGAACACUGACAAACCUCCGAGGGGCUGCCAUCAGUGUGCACGGGAUCAGCGAUCUGACCAUGGCGCCAGCGCGCUGCCCGGGACCCUGUGCCAUGCUGGCACUGAACCUCCUCAUGGGAUGCGGCGUGGUUCUCUGCCUCGGCCAGAACGACACGGAGCCCAUCGUGCUCGAAGGGAAGUGUCUCGUGGUGUGCGACUCGAACCCUUCCUCGGACGGAGGGGUCACUUCCUCGCUCGGCAUAUCAGUCCGCUCCGCUGGGGCAAAGGUGGCGUUCUCCGCCGUGCGUGGAACCAACCACGAGCCGUCGGAGAUGAGCAACACGUCAAUGACCAUCUAUUUUGACCAGGUUUUAGUGAACAUCGGCAACCAUUUCGAUCUCAAAGCAAGUGUUUUCCAGGCUCCAAGGAGGGGAAUAUACAGUUUCAGCUUUCACGUGGUGAAAGUGUACAACAGACAAACCAUACAGGUGAAUCUGAUGCAGAAUGACUAUCCGGUCAUAUCAGCGUUCGCCGGUGACCAGGACGUCACGAGAGAGGCGGCCAGCAACGGAGUCCUGCUGAUGGUCGAGCGGGAGGACCGGGUCUACCUGAAGCUGGAACGUGGCACCCUCAUGGGGGGAUGGAAAUACUCCACCUUCUCGGGCUUUCUAGUCUUUCCUCUAUAAUCUAACCUGCGAUGACCCACGUCGCCCGGGACUCUGCCAAGGGUCGAGGAACAGGAACCGAACAAAAAAAAAAAAAAAAAAAAAAAAGGAGGAAAAAAAAGGAAAAAAGAGAAGAAACCCCCCCCCCCCCGAAACACGCCAUUUCUUUUUAACUUAAAUAACUGUCAGCCAAGGAAGCCGACGAAUAUCUGUAUACCCACACUCGUCCACUAUCUAGUCUAUUAUGAGCGUUUCCUUGGAGUUUCAUAUAUCCCAAUCCGUCAGUCCACUUUAACGCAGUCUGGGUGAUCAGACGUAUCGAUCGACCAGCACAGUUUGCUUGUCGGGUAUGUGGAUUUUUUUUUUCUUUCUUUUUCUCGCUUGGAAAAACAAACUUUGCCAACAGACAAACGAGUGCACCAUGGGCAAAAAGAAAACAACAACAACAAAAAACGGACGAGGCGAAGACGAGGAGUGGAAGAACGAGUGUGUUAUGCUCAGUUUUAUGUUUGUAUAGCCUUAAAGAAUAUUACGGUUUCCGUCCAAGUGAAGUAUUAUGGAAUUAUGGACACCCAGAGAAGAAGUGCUUUCACACCCCAAAGCAUUUUUUUCUUUUCUUUUUUUGCACGACCGGAAGUUCUUUUUCUUUUUCUUUUUUUCUUUUUCUUUUUUUUUCUAUUAUGUUUUGUGCUGUCAAUGGUUUGGAUGCUGAACGUACCGAAAAUAAGCCAAAUGUAGGCCGCCGAAGAGUUUAUCAAAAGAGAAAAAAAGGCGACAUAUUCCAGCCACCGGAGACGAUUUAGAGCCCUUUUAUUAAAACAAAAAAAAAGACAUAAUUUGAGUAGGCUACAUAUUCACAUUAUUGUGUGUUCUGCAUUUCGGAAUCUGCGUAGCUUUGACUGAUUUAAUGUCCAGUGACGUUGCUCACCAAAUGUACAUUGUUGAAACGAUAGAAGAAUCCCUAUAUGUCCCGCUUAAUAAAAGAUAUUGUAUUGUA